AUGAAUCAAGGAAGUGGUAAUCAGUCAAGUAUAUUACAGACUUUUGUCAAAAAAGUUUUGGCUCAUUUGGAUGAGAAUAAUCCACAAGCGUUGAAUGGUUUUCUAACUUUAUUUAAUGGUAGUGGGAAUUGUAAAAUUAUAAUGAAUGCAACUCCAAUUGCUCAACCUAUGAUGUUUCUACAGAUGUGGCAGGAACAAGUAGUUCAAAGUCAGCAUAAUUUAACUUCCAUGGAUUACCAUAUAAUACCUGGCUCUGGCAGUAUUAUUUGCAAUAUUGGUUGUAAAGUACGUUUUGAUGAAAGUGGUAGAGACAAGAGAGGUCAAGAUGCAAUAGUGACUAACACUGGUAUGCCAAAUACUAAUGUUAAUGCUAGACCUGUUUGGGGAUCGUACCAUGGUGUGUCGAUUCAGGUUAUUGUCGAUGAUCGUGUCUUGAGGAAUGAUUUAAAUGGUGUGAUAUCUGGAUUUAAUUACAAUAUGGUUUAUAAGCCAGAAGAUUCAUUGAUAAGUAUUCAAUGA